AUGCUGAGCCGGGACAGCGAUCUGGGAUCCUGGGGCAGCUGUCACGCCUGCUCCUUCCGCCAUCCACCGUCCGCCAUCCAGGCCCUCCCGCCCGAGCACGACAUCCAAUACGGGAUUGCGGAAAGGUCCCUGAGAUUGACGGUCCCUCCCCUUGCAUCCUCCCAUCUUAUUGCUCGGGAGACUUUGAUAUCGCCUUGGCCGGUACUGGAGCUGUGGCGCCGACACUGCCGUCCACCGGUGCUCCGGGAUAUAUUGAACCUCGAUCAUGCCUUUACCACACCUCAGAGCGUCGCGUUCAUCCCGCGGAACAGCACAAGAAGGGACAAGACAUCAAACACCGCCCAUCUCUCGCCAGCGAAGCUUGCCCCCACGGACCCGGGGGCCAUGACCCUCAACGACGUGGACAUCGGCUGGGCCGAGUCAGCGGUCAAUCAACCCCGACUCACCGUCGACGGGCUCGGACGAGGUGCCCCAGCCAGCAACAGCUGCACGAACCGGCGGUGGUGCGCUGUCAUGGCCAUUGGACCCCCGGAACUGCAGCCCGACCCCCGCUCACCAUUAGACCCGCGACUCCGCGAUGGCCCCACGCCUCCACAGCCAGCUUUAGUCCAGCUUGGUCCAGCCAGGCACGAACUGGCAUGGAGCUGGCAUGGAGCUGGCACGACAGGCCAGGAGUGGACCUGUGCCAGCACCGGAAGCGAAGCCGUCGUAUGGGCCAGAUGGGGUUCGCCACGGGGAGUUUCGACCUUCGAGAAGGUUUGGCUGGCGUUCUGCGCAGCUCGCUUGCGCAGCUCGCUUGCGACGUUGUGGCUUCGAGAAUGA